ACAUAACGAGAAUGAGACCGAGAUCAUUAUUCAUUAUCCGAUAUACCUGCAGUAAACGUUUUCUCGUUGAACAAUAAAAAAAAACAACAAUACUUCAAUCAUCAAAACUUAGUGGAAAACAUUUUUUUCUCUUCCAGCACUGUAAGAGAUGCAUUUGUUUGCCUUGUGUAUAGUUGGGUUACUAAUCGCUUCCGUUUUUUCGAAUGUUAUCAAUUCACCGACAAGUGAACGAACAUUUGUCAUAGAUCAUGAAAAAAAUGAAUUUCUCAAAGAUGGUGAAGUAUUUAGAUAUGUUUCCGGAUCGUUACACUAUUUUCGAAUUCCUCAACCUUAUUGGAAGGAUAGAAUUAAAAAAAUGAAAGCAGCUGGUUUAAAUGCUGUAACAACUUAUGUGGAAUGGAGUUUACAUGAACCAUUUCCCGGAAUGUAUAAUUUUGAAGGAAUUGCUGACUUGGAGUAUUUUAUAAAAUUAAUCAAAGAUGAAAACAUGUAUAUAAUUUUAAGGCCAGGACCAUAUAUAUGUGCAGAACGAGAUUUUGGUGGAUUUCCAUAUUGGUUGUUAAAUAAGACGCCAAAAAAAAGCUUAAGGACUAAUAACUCAAGUUACAGAAAAUAUGUUUCAAUCUGGUUUAAUGUUCUUAUGACAAAACUGAAACCUUAUUUGUAUGGAAAUGGCGGUAAUAUAAUUAUGGUUCAGGUGGAAAAUGAGUACGGUAGUUAUUACGCCUGUGAUUCUCAGUACAAAUUGUGGCUACGCGAUUUACUUAAAGGUUAUGUAGAAAAUAAAGCUGUACUUUUCACGAUUGAUGGUUGUGGUCAGUCGUAUUUUGACUGUGGUUAUAUUCCGGAAGUUUACGCAACUGUAGACUUUGGUAUUUCAGUAAACACUACUGAAUGUUUUAAUUUAAUGAAAAAUAUUCAAAAUGGAGGUCCAUUAGUCAACUCAGAAUUUUAUCCCGGUUGGUUGUCUCAUUGGCAAGAACCACUUGCUGUUGUACGUUCUAUAGAUGUUGUAAAUCAAAUGAAAAAUAUGUUAGCACUGAACGCUUCGUUUAGUUUUUAUAUGUUUCACGGAGGUACAAAUUUUGGCUUCACAUCUGGGGCAAACACAAAUGAUACUACAGAGAAUAGUGGAUACUUACCUCAGUUGACCUCAUACGAUUAUGAUGCUCCGUUAGAUGAAGCUGGAGAUCCUACUGAAAAGUAUUUCAUGAUCAAAAAGACACUCGAAGAAGCUAAAUACACAACAAACUAUUUAUCACCCAUCCCUACACCCAAAGGAGCUUAUGGAACGUUUCAUGUGCAACCUGUUGUUAGUUUCUUUGAAAAGGUAGCUCAACGUAUAAAACCAGUGAUUAGUGAUGUUCCACUAUCGUUUGAGGAUAUGGACAUUAAUACAGGUUUUUUAAUGUAUGAAACUAUAUUAACAAAUGAUCAAAAAAAAAUCAUUAAUCCAGUAAAUCUAACCAUUACCACGGUUAGAGAUCGAGCAAUAAUCUACUUGGAUCAAGUAAAAGUAGGUACAAUGACACGGCUAAAAGGCAACACGACGAUGAUUUUGAACAUCGAUUCUUCAGUUCAAAAACUAAGUAUUUUGAUUGAGAAUCAAGGACGAAUUAAUUACGGAGAUUUUCUUGAGGAUAGAAAGGGGAUUUUUGACCACGUUUUGCUGGGAAACCGAAUAUUGAGCCCAUGGAAGAUGACUGCUUACCCGCUGAACGAAACAUCAUGGCUUUCAUCAGUUAAACCUGUUGAAAACGUCCAAUUACCGGCAUUUUAUAGAACACAGUUUAUGUUAUCGGAAAAUUAUACAACAUGUUUGGACACAUAUUUGGAUACUUCGGGAUGGACUAAGGGUUUAGCAUUUUUAAACGGUGUAAAUUUGGGUCGAUAUUGGCCACUUGGUGGACCUCAAGUUACGCUCUAUGUACCUGGUCUUUUUCUAAGACCACCACCAGGUAUCAACACACUAGUGAUGGUAGAACUUGAAAGCGCACCCCAAAACUUGUCUGUUAAGUUUAUAGAUACACCCAAUCUCAAUGGUUCUAUUACUCUAUAAUAACUUAGGUAAUAAAUAUAAUAUUAAUUCUGUAGAAUUUAUUAAUAUUUUUUUUAUAGUUUUAACUUUUUAAUGUUGAUUAAUUUCCAUUUAUUUUAUUGCUAUGGAAUUUUGUAAGAUUAUAAUCUUCAACUUUUUGUAA